AUUCUUUAUUUAUCUAGGAAAGUCCCAUUGAGAUUAAAAGGCCUGCAAAAUGUAAAAGUAACCAAGAGGCAUAGUAAGAAAAAGCAGACGUUUCAUAUUCAGAAUGCACCCCAUGCACUUGAAGCCCAAUUGAAGAUCUGGCCGAGAGGUAGUUACUUCUACACAAGCAUAAAAGAUUAGUAAGCAUAUGCUUUUACAAUAAACAACAACAUAUGUGAUUUCCUUCUUCGAUGUAAGGGGGGCCAACCUACAUUGUUGUGCAGCAGACAGUGGUAAGUACGUGAAAAAAUUAUGAAACACAAUGCAGCAUGAAACACUGUCCAGCCUUUUUAGUAGCUAAAUAUAUGGAAGCAUGCAUGUAAAUACUAACGGCAUAGUCUAAAAUGGGUAAAAACAUAGUAUGAUUCAUCUUUUAGCUCCAUAAAAAAACUAAGCCCAUAACUACCUUUAAUAUAAAGCAGCAAAAUAAUUAUUCUUGGAUAUUAUAGCACCAACCCUUUCAUCCAUCUUUCAUUUAUCUUGAUCACGAUUUUUGUUCUGUGAGCUUUUAUUAUUUACUACUACUACUACUACUUCUACUACGCAAGUAAAGAAUGUGACAAUGUUUACAUGGGCCAUAUACAGAAUCAUAUGUCAUAAACAUAUAAGUAAAAAACAUAGGUAAAGGAUCUGACAUUAUUUACCAAUUAAAGAGCAAGAUACCAAAAUACCAUUAGCAAGACUGAGGAUGAACCACCUGAAAAAAAGAAAACAUUCUUUUAUGUUCUAACAGUUCGGUCAUGAUCUCAGUUUGAGGACAGUUUAGGUUAUUGUAUUUUCAUUAUAACAAUUACAACAAAGUAGAUUUAAUAAAAUAAAUUGUUAACAGAACUGGGAUGAAGCUUAAAAAGUUUAGUUAACCGUGAGUUGGAUUUAAUCAGAACGUGGUCGUGACUGUGUUUGGCAAAUGUACAAAUUAAUAUUCAAUAAAAAAGUGAGUGAAAGUGAGAUAGAUGAUUGUGGCAGGUUUUGUUCGUGUUUUUUUUGUGUUACCUUUGCAGAGUGAUAUUUUUAUAUCUGGGGUGGGUGACACAAUAGUCUUAAUCAUGACAGGAAGCACAGGCUUGUCUCAGCUAAAAAAUGAACUAAAAAAUUAACACUCUUUCUCUCUCAGACAAACAGAUUAUUAUUAUUAUUAUUAUUAUUAUUAUAAGUGCAUUAGUAAAUUGUUAUUGCUAUACCGUGGCCGUUUUGUAUCAAAAACAAAGAUAUAUAAGUGAUAACCUCACAGUAUGUAUACUGUGAUUAAAACACCCAACCACAAAAAAAAAUAUGAAGUGGGCUAAAACAGGCAUUAAUGCUCAUAUAUUUGCACGUUUUAUCACUGUAAGAUCGUGAUCUUAAUUCGCACACCACUAAUCUAAUUCCUAAAUGACUGUGAUUCUGCUAUUAACCAGCACCAACCAUCCACCUCGUCCCUCCCUCCUCUCGCUUCCGCGACCCAUGAAGAAACAAACAUAUGGGUUUUGCAAACUGCAGUUGUACUAACAAACUGCUGACAACAACCCCUGCAAGUCAUUUAGCUUUUGUGUGUCUCUUAACCACAGUAUGCAAAGCUCACUGUUGAGAGCUGAGAAAGAAAAGAAAAGAAAAAGACAAUCUGAUGACUGUGCACAUCGUCAGAAACUGAUUAUACUGUAGCUUUUUUUUAAAAGCAGGUUUGGAUAAAAAAAAAAGUUGUUAACUCUAAUCAGUCUACAAAGCAUUUACUUUUGAAUGCUUUGUAGGUCACAAUUAAAAUGUCACAAUUAUUCAACAAAAUAUUUUUUGACCUCAAGUUGAAGUUCACCGUUCCAACAUGGCGGCCGAAACUAUAUGCAUGGAGCACUCUAAUAGGGUAUCUAUAUAAGCAAUAAGGUACAAAAAAAAGGCUGUGCUGUAUUGUAAAUAAAAUCAUGGCUGAAAGCCAUAUUAAUGAUUAAGCAUGGCCUCUCGUAGCUUAUUGGGUUUAUAAAACAGUUACCAAACAAUACAAGAUAUUAAAACUUAAAGUUUAUUAAAUGCAGUCCUAAAAAAGGGUCCUUAAAAAAUAGUUCCUGACAGCAACAGUAAGCGAGAGAGAAAACAAGAGGAUGUUCCGAUUUAAAUUAUUAAAUAGAUGCCAUGGUUGACAACCUUAUUGGGACAAUAAAGCCCACCCUACACCCACCUACCCUAACUCUAUCCAAUACUUUAUCUUCAACUUUGAUUAUUUCAUUCAUUUUUAUUGAAAAGAAAUUCUUUUUAUUUUAAAAUUUAAAAAUGAGAUUGCAAUGUUACCAGUGUUGGGGGGUUUCGUAAUAAUAUUACUUUUUUCAAGCAUUAAGUAAUGCAUUACUUUUUAAUGUACAAGAAUAUAUCAGUUACUUUUUUUCCUAUUUAUUUGCUGACAAGUCUCCUGCCCCCAUGCUGGGAGAAAUCGAAAGUACAGAAAACUAUUAAUAGAUACUGCAAUACCUUCUCACCUGGGGAAACUGUUUUUUCAAAGGCGCGCGCAUCAACAUAUCUCGGGGAAGGGAAGGGCGUGGCCUCCAGUGCUGUGCACGUCACUACAAAAAGCAAUUAGUUAUAGUUACUAGUUACUAGUUACUUCUUACAAAUAGUAAGCGAGUUACAUAAUUUUGAAGUAACUAAUUACCAGUGAAAGUAACUUUUGCACUACUACUACUACUAUUAUUACUACUACUACUACUACUUCAAAUGGCAAACUUGGAUGCCCCAAAUAUUAAAAUGUUAAAUUAAUGAAAUAGACAGUUUGUUGACUGCUCAUCGCGAACACGGCUUAGCUGCCCAGAAACCCAAAAUAUAGAUAGAUGCACAUAUAAUGAAAGAACGUUCCCUCCCACCGAAAAAAAAAGAAAAGAAAAUGGUUGCUUUCGUUUUUCUUUACUUUCGAUUCUCAAGGGCACCAUGACUUGCCCAAAGAGAUUUUUGAGUAUCAGCUUAUUAAUCUUUCUUUGCAGAAUAUCUUUUGUUCUCUCUGAUUUUCAACGUCUGAAUUUUACGUGCACUACUGAAAAUAACGAACAUAUGAAAAACUGUACAGGAGAUUUAUGUAAAUUGGAAAUCAGCCUAACAGCUUGUGACACUUUACAAAUGCAGUGUACAGACAUUCAUAACAACAAAAUUGUAUGUAACUCCUUAGAAGAAUGUGGAAUGACUGAUGAAAAAGAAUUUGUAAACAAUUUGCUUGGUUAUAUACAAUGUGACUUAUACAAAGACAAAAUAGAAUGCGUGUUAAGUGCAUCAUGUAAAGAUAUGGUCCACAUUAAACAUGUGUGCAAACAAGACUACUGUGGAAUGAGGCAAAUCAACAACAGCCUUGUAUGCAAGUUCAGUCACAACAUUGAAAAAUGCAUCCAUGGAAAUGAGAAAUUUCCAAUCAAUGGAAACAUAAACUGCACAUCAGAAAGCACUGAAGGACAGGCAAAAACCAUUCAAGCAUGCACUCCAGAGAUACAGUGUAUACCAGUGAUAAGUUCCCUAGCAGUUGUUGCGGCUGUUGCAAUUCUGGUGGUCAUAAUUCUGGUUUAUAAGUACAUGAAAUGUAAAAGACAAGAUGGUCCAGUAAAUAACCCUCCACCAGGUGCUCCAGUAAAUAAUACUCCACCUGAUGGUCCAAUGAAUAACCCGCCACCAGAUGCUCAAGUAGAUGACUCUGAACCAGCCGCUGUGUUCAGACCUCCAGAACAAGUUUCACUUCUACUUGGAGACCGCCCUGAAAGUGAAGAUACGAACAACAGGGAAAGUUAAAGUGUAUUCUGUGGCCAUUCUGGAUUAUUUUUUUUUUUUGCACAGCAAAUCAAAUCGCAAAUUUCCGAAUAAUUGAAGUUAAUUUAUAAAUGUUUGGGAGGUUCUGUUUUACGUGCAAAUUACUCAGUGCUUCUUUACGCCAUAUUUUAUUCACCCUGAAGCCUUCCUAUGUUUAUAUGACUUUCUUCUUUCAGAUGAACUGAUGAGUUUUUUGUUUGUUUUUUUUAUUUAUCCUGGCUCUUUCAAGCUUGGUAAUGUGGGUGGAUAGUGGCCAUUAUUUUGAAGCUUCAUAAAUCUGCAAGUACUGUCACUUAAAACUUAUAUGCCUUCGGGGUUGUAACAUGUCCUCUGAAACGGAUUGGUGAGUUUUUGCAACAAAAAAUAUUUCUAGCUUUAAAAAUAUUUCACAUAACCUCCAUAACCAAGCUUGGAAGAGCCAGGACAAAUGGGGUGAGUAGCAUAUGAGGUCAUUUUUUGGGUAAACUAUUCCUUUAAAUGUUAAAAUAAGAUGCUCUUAAUACUUUUAAAUCAAGUUGGUUUGGAAUUGGUGACUACAAUGUUCACUGUAAGGUAUCUGUACUUUUACUCAAGUAUGGUUUGGGGGUGGGCCUACUCUUUACACUACUGCUUAUGGGGCUGUUACAUGAGACACUAUAUCUUUGCAUAUAUUUUGUUUAGUAAAGGUGCUUUCAUCAAGUCAUUAAGUGUGUAUUUAAAUGUUCAAGUCACUUCUCUGCUGCAGGUUAUUGCCUAUUUUUACUUAUACUUUUAUAUUUAUACUGUGUAAGUUAUUUAUGCACAAAUUAAAUUGGUUUUGUAACUGGAUCCUUUAAAAAGGACCAAAAAUCAUUGUAAAAUAAAACUAUAUUCUUUACUGAAUCUCUCUUUUAGAUUUUUUUUUGUAGUUAUUAUAGUAAUUACUUAAUAAAUAAAACAUAUUAAUUGUGAAGGUUUUUAUUCACCUCCUUAGAUGUCCUCAUGUACCCAUUGCUAUAUGUGCAUUUUAUUUUUGAGUUAUAUAGAACUGUUUGGCUGCAAAUAACCGAAACUCAUUUUAUCCCGUAAGUGACACACACCCCUCAAAAAACACUUACUUUGAGGGGGAGGAUAAAUAAAUGCUUGGGUUUUUAAUACUUCAGAGUAAUCAUUAGAAUAAAUAAGUAAUAUAUAUAUAUUACAUUACAUUAAUAGUACAUGUCGGUUAAUUUUCUAUUAUUUUAUUAAAACCAAUUAAGAGUAAGAGUUAUGUUGUAAGAAAUGCUAAGAAGUUAUAUUGUAUUAUUUUUGUUGUUUCUUUAAGAAACUAUAACCCUCCAAGUUUGUUCCUUUUGAGUUAGAGAGACUUUAACACUUGAUGUAAUGUGGACAUUUACACUAUAAAAAUAGGAACCUUUAAAACUACAAAAGAACCAGUAUAUGGGCUCAAAUAUUUAAGAGGUAAACAAGGAAACAUGAGUUAGCCAUGAAAACAUUUCCUCAGAACUUUAAACAAAGUAAUGCUUUGAUGCAACACGUGCCGCUCUGCCCCACUGUCAAGACUUGUCUAGUAUAUCAUGGGUAAUACAGUUGAUCUUUGUUGGUGGUGGUUUUUUUGAGUUUGAGUAACUGUGAUCUUCAUAUUAUUGUUUUUGUAUUAUUUGAAUAAAAGAUAAUGAAAAAAAGAA